GCGGGGCAGCGCCGCCGGGGAGGGGAAGUUUGCGGAACCAUUUUGGGGUGCCGGGCCGGAGCGUGGAUGCAGCCGGUGGAUGCGGAGUGUGCGCGGCCGUAAAUGGGGGGGAGUCGGGCCCGCAGCUGUAAGCACAACGCGUGGAGCGGCGCGGGGGCAGCCCGGCCCGCGCCCCCCAGCCGCCCCCCUCCCCGGGCUGCCGGCAGGGCCGCUGCCCCCAGCGCCUCUCGUGUGCGCGGAAACGCCAUGAGCUCCUUCACUCCCCAUGACGGGGAGAUCCGCCUGCAGCUCCUCGUGCUCGUGGAAGGGAGUCUUGUCUGCGUGCUGGCCGGGGAGUGAAACCGGCAAGGGCAAAGCAAUGAGCCGCCAGACUGCUACAGCACUACCUACAGGUACUUCAAAGUGUACGCCAUCACAGAGGGUGCCUGCGCUGACUGGCACUACAGCUUCCAAUAAUGACUUGGCUAGUCUCUUUGAGUGUCCUGUGUGUUUUGACUAUGUGCUGCCACCAAUUCUUCAGUGUCAGAGUGGCCAUCUUGUUUGUAGCAACUGUCGCCCCAAGCUUACCUGCUGUCCAACUUGCCGAGGCCCGCUGGGCUCCAUUCGUAACCUGGCUAUGGAGAAAGUUGCCAACUCCGUACUAUUCCCGUGUAAAUACGCCUCUUCCGGAUGCGAGAUAACUUUGCCACACACAGAGAAAGCAGACCACGAGGAGCUGUGUGAGUUUAGGCCUUACUCCUGUCCGUGUCCUGGCGCUUCGUGUAAAUGGCAAGGUUCUCUGGAUGCUGUUAUGCCCCACCUGAUGCAUCAACACAAGUCAAUCACAACACUUCAGGGAGAAGAUAUAGUGUUCCUUGCUACAGACAUUAAUCUUCCUGGUGCUGUUGACUGGGUUAUGAUGCAGUCUUGUUUUGGCUUUCAUUUCAUGUUAGUGUUGGAGAAACAGGAGAAAUAUGAUGGUCACCAGCAGUUCUUUGCCAUCGUACAGCUGAUAGGAACACGCAAGCAAGCAGAAAACUUUGCUUACCGGCUCGAGUUAAAUGGGCACAGGCGGCGAUUGACUUGGGAAGCCACUCCUCGAUCUAUCCAUGAGGGAAUUGCAACAGCCAUUAUGAAUAGUGACUGUCUAGUCUUUGACACCAGCAUUGCACAGCUCUUUGCAGAGAAUGGCAAUUUAGGCAUCAAUGUAACUAUAUCCAUGUGUUGAAAUGGCAACCCAACCUCUUCAGGCCAGUGUUGAAAACCGUUGCAUUUAAUUUAGCAGAAACUAGGGUAACCAUCUCUGACUGUCAGACAAAUUACUUGGUAGAUGGAGGGUAGAGGUAUAUGAAGGUAAAUAAAAGGAGAGGCUGUUAAAUUACAGGAAGCAGUUGCAUGUAGUAACAUUAAUAUAUUUAAAAUAAGUCAACAGUAAACCACUGAAAAUAUGUAUACACCCAAAAUGGGCAUCUUUUGUAUUAAGAAUUGAUUCUACAGGAAAUGUUGUAAAAUAAUUCUAAAAACUCGUUUGUAGAUUGAUUGUACUGUUGAAAAGGAUACUGUUUCGUGUUUUUGUUUGUGUUUUUUUCCUCCCCCCUUUGACUGACAAGCCAUGUUGAGCGGUCUGGUCUCUGGCCACCGCUUCCCCUCCUCCCCCCCACCUCCCCUUUGUAAGUCACUACAUAGUAUUGCUGCUGUUUGUGUAUAUUUUUUGUGUAUUUGCUAAUUUUUAUUAACUUCUAGUUUUUCAUUAAAUAAAUAUGACUUUCUUUUCUGUAAUUCAGGUUUUUCUCUUUCUUUUGUAUCUAUUUGAAAUUAAUUACAGGUGUCUUCUUUUGAUAUGCAUAAUUGCUAUGGUAAAAGUUAUAUUUCUGUAUGUUUGGUAAAUUGUCUCUUUCCAGUAGUCAGUUCAUUGGUGAUACUGUUCUUAAUUGAGCUAUUUUGUGAAUGUACUGCACUCGAAAGGAGUACUUAUGUUCAAAGCUGUAUCAGGAAAGAAAGCUCCUUUAAAAACAGGUCUAGAUGUUGUUGUACUUUGAGUUAUACUCUAACAAAAAUGAACACAUACUAAGAAUUUUCUGAAUUUCAAAAGAAAAAUGUCACGUUUCCGAUGGAGAGAUGCUUAGAACGUUGAUGCAUCUUUGUGUUUGUUGGUUUUGCAGUACAAAGAAGGUCUUGUCUCACAGUACCUGUAACUAUAAAACCAGACCGUUUGGGUUUAUUUUUAAAAAGGCAGUCAGAAUGAGAUGUUUUCAGUCUUUUUAUAUUUGUCAUUAAAAGAAUACUUGGCAAAUUUAAAAA